AACUGCGUGUGAUGAUGCAGAGAUCGACUACUACCUGUUCUACCAGUUCUGCCUCAUCCCUGCAGUUGUACUCACACUCUUGAUGGCAGCUACAAAACCUCGCAGACAGAAGCUGUUACACUUUCUCUAUGGCCGUCCUGGUCUCGUCUUCCCCAUGGACACUCUGACAAGAUCUUCUAGAAUCUCCUAUUGCUGUGCAUUCGGUGCUAUUGGCUUCACAGUAUAUGAGAUCAUAUGGAAACAGCAGUACGCUAUCGAAUAUUCUGGUCCAGUUGUUGUGAAAGUGAUCGUGACAGUGUUAAUCUACGGUAUGGUCUACUUCCCGGUGUUUACAAGCCUGGCCCUGGGGACAGCCUUCUCUUACUUCCUAGGAUCGCUUUAUAUUUGGAUGUUCUUUGCCAUUGAAAUAUAUCAAGUCAACAAUUGUGAAUACGCUGCGGCACUGCGAGCUGUCAUACUGCUCCGAGCUUUACCCAAUCUGCUGUGUCAUGCCUACCUGAGUGUGGCCAUGCCAGUCAAGUUCUUGUUGGCCCUGAGGAGAAGGAAGUACUUCACCCCUAGCCUCGGAGAGGAUCCUCACUCGGAGACACUAGAACAGAUCAAAAAGUCUUUCCAAGGGAAACAUGUGACUAAGUUGCUGCGGAAACCUGAAGUUGUCAUACCACCUGUGGGGAAAAUGAAUAUUCUGAAGGCAUUCUUUGGGGAAUUCAUUAAGACAUGGAUGUACCGUACAGAGAGCGGUUUUCGGUACCCCUCGAGGCUGGCGUCGGUCAUGUUUAUAGCUGCUUUUAUUAUCUAUGUUGUAAUAUCAUGCAUAGUCUCGGUGUGUGUGUCAGCUGCUAUCGUCUACCUCAACAUGAUUCACAUGACGACGUCGUUUCG